AGGCAAGUGAGAUACGAUCAAAGAUCUCCACACUACGACGAGGAUCACCAAAAAUUACGCAAUACCAUUGGCUCGGAGGGAAAGCGAGCACUUGGGACCUGGCCACCACUGCAGCCGCGAGGGCGGAUCCCCCUACGCUCAGGGGCCGGACAAAAGCUUGGCCAGUCGUGAUGAUCUGCCCGAUGCAGAUGGCGCAUCUGCACCCGCAGGGCCGCACCGAGUCCGAGACAAAGGGAGUGGCGUCUAGUCUAGCUCUUGAGGGCGAACUUCUUUUUCGGAAGGGCGGGCGUUGACAGCCUCCUCCUUCGUCAUCAGGAAUUUCUCUCCGUCGGCCCCCGUACUGGAAUGUUCAUCCAUAGCAACCUGCAUCCCUGACAACCGGCCCUGACGGCGGGGAGUCUUGUCAGUGGAACUCCGUGGCCGGGGAACGCGACACAGCGGACUGGUGAGCAGGAGUCGUGCAGCGACGGAGACGGAACACAGGCAUGAGGGCCGGUGCCGAGCAACACUCUUCGUGGCGAGAAUGGACAUGAGUGCACGGGAUCAAGCCCGAGAAGUUGCACGGUUGCUAUCGCUGCUGACACUGCUGCUGCGGUUACUGGUAUCCCCUGCUACCCUGAGAAGCCCGUUCUCCAAAUCAAACGAUUCAGUACUGGUCUCCGUUACCCCCUCUCUCUCCUCGUUCAGUCCCUGUCGUGACCAGGGUUGACUCCACUUUAACAAGGACAAGGGAAAGUAUACCAGGAGAGAGGGGAACAUACCAGAAGCGCUGGCCAUGUUCGCGCAGUCCCACAUCCCGUACAUUGCUGCCAUGGAAGAUGUUCCAGGAAAAUGAUUUCCCCCUCCUCUCAAGGCAUCUGACGCGGUGAUUCCAUGGCCAUGCGGCCAAGAACCUUGAGAUGGAUGGAAUGGAUGAUCCGGCAUACCCUGAUUUGCCGGGGGAUCGCGAUCCCUUUGGCAACCACCGUAUUGGACGAAGCAUUUGGUAUAUAGCGCGUAGAGACCCCGGGAACCCUCCAUUUGGAGACUUUUCCUUGCUCAGUGCCUGAUCUCGCUUUUCUGGACUAUACCCAAUUAUCUCGUUUUGGAACAGGAUUUCCUAAAAAAGAAAAAAACUUCAUCUCCACCGAGCACUGAUAGUAUACUGGCUUAUACUGGCUCUGCGAUUGAUUCGCCCGUCGAAUCACAUUCUUAUUUCCACAGUCUGCGCCUGGCCAGAUCUUGCCCGUGCGACCUAGAGCAAACCGUCCGUGGCCACUCCUGCUCAUUUGACCAACUCGUCUCCCGACCCGUUGUUUCCACCAGGGAAUCUGCAACACUCGGCUUUGGGAUCACCUCCCCCAGUGUUUCAUCCCCGACAAUCGCGUUUCAAGCGUCGGCGUCGUUACGCCCGCGGGGCUGUCUGAUUGGGCGGUGCUGGUGGAUUGCAGGGCGCUGUGUGGUGUGAUUGGCGCCGUGGAGAGUGAUUCAGGGACGAUACGUGCAGAUUACGCUGGAAAUACCCGACGGCUGUGAAAGUUGGUUUCCAUAAUUACUUGGCCAGGGAUUCGAUCCGUCAAUUCAACAAAAAAUCACACAUCCUCGCUGCAGGUUCAGCGAAAAGCUAUCUAGACGAUGGCGCAUUUCCAAUCCUCAAUCAUGAUGUUCUUGGCCCAUCUCAUUCUCCUGCUGGGUCUGCCCACUGCCCUGGUUGGCGCUAUUCCCGUGACGCCUGCUUCUAAUGGGCUGGAGCUCGCUGCGUCGAAGCGUGCUGCUUCUAGCUACUGGGUUGGUACUAUCACGCGCCAGGGCACGGUGCCAUUUGGCAACAGCAGUGACUAUCAGGUGUUCCGUAACGUGAAGGACUUUGGCGCCACAGGUGAUGGAUCAACCGACGACACUGCGGCUAUCAACAAGGCCAUCUCCUCUGGUGGCCGCUGCGGCCAGGGCUGCGACUCAUCUACCACUACCCCCGCCCUUGUCUACUUCCCACCUGGUACCUACGUCGUGUCGAAGCCCAUUGUGCAGUACUACUACACUCAAAUCGUUGGUGAUGCAGUUGAUCUGCCCAUCAUCAAGGCUGCCGCUGCAUUUUCCGGUAUGGCGGUCAUCGAUGCCGACCCAUACGAGGACAAUGGUGACAACUGGUACACCAACCAGAACAACUUUUUCCGCGCCAUUCGUAACCUCGUCAUUGAUCUUACUGCUAUGCCCAAAGGCUCCGGUGCGGGUAUCCACUGGCAGGUUGGUCAAGCUACUAGCCUGCAGAACAUCCGCUUCGAGAUGAUCAAGGGUGGCGGCUCAGCCAACAAACAGCAAGGUAUCUUCAUGGACAACGGAUCCGGUGGUUUCAUGUCCGACCUAACUUUCAACGGCGGUAACUACGGCAUGUUCCUGGGCAACCAGCAGUUCACUACUCGCAACCUGACCUUCAAUGGCUGCCAGACUGCUAUUUACAUGAACUGGAACUGGGCCUGGACCUUCAAGUCUGUCAACAUCAACAACUGCGAGGUCGGUCUCAACAUGUCAACCUCUCCGUCUAACCAGACUGUUGGCUCCGUCAUGAUGCUUGAUAGCAAGCUUACGAACACUCCGACUGGUAUCGUUACCGCCUGGACCAAGAACAGCAUCCCUGUUGGUGGUGGCACUCUUGUCUUGGACAAUGUCGACUUCUCCGGCUCCACGGUCGCCGUGGCCGGUGUUGAUGGUAACACCAUCCUGGCCGGCGGUGCUGUCGUCGAUAGCUGGGUGCAGGGCAACACGUACACUCCCUCCUCAUCCACUUCUGAGAAGCGUGCAUACCGGUCCGAUGAGAAUGAUGACAACGCCGAGGUUGUCACCAUUGUUGAGACUGUCGUGAAGACUGUGACAGCUUGCGCUGCAACCAACACUGUCGCUACCCUUGCUACCAACGCAGCGACUAGUGUCAACACUAAGAUCACUACUCCCGUCCUGCCUACUGGCACCGAUUCAGGCGAUCGCUCUGUUGUAUCGCAGGCCACACCGGUCUCUUUGCCUGCGCUCUCGGGUCUCCCUGGCAUGGACAACAGCUUGCUGUCUGCCUUCAUUGGUUCAUCGGGACAGACCUACGAGGUCAAUGUACCGGCCACCCCGACUCCUGCGGCUAGCGAGGAGACUACGGCUGCCGUUCCUUCCGCAGGCGAGUCAUCUGCCAGCGUUGUUUCUGGAUCCGAUAACGCAGCCACCGGUGCCCAGACUAGCCAGGUCGUUCCAGCCGUGGAGACCUCCAGCGCCGUUCCCGUUGCUCAGUCCACUGCGGCAUCUGGUACUUCUAGUGCUGUCAUCUCCCAGGACACUGGUUCUAGCUCUAGCUCUGCUUCCAGCUCCAGCUCCAGCGCCAGCUCUACUACCAGCUCUAGCAGUAGUUCUGGUACCUGCAGUGGAAGUGCCAACCAGGCUGUCGAAUCUGCUCGCACCCAAAGCACCUUGACGGCCAGCUCCAAGCCUGCCGACCUUCUCACCGGUGGUGCCGUAUUUGAAAAGUCCAAGCCCCUCUACGAGUCUCUCCCAGCCUCCUCGUUCAUCAGCGUCAAGUCCGCUGGUGCCAAGGGUGACGGAACAACCGACGACACUGCUGCUCUCCAAAAGGUCCUGGACAGCGCUACCACUGACCAGGUUGUCUAUUUCGAUCACGGUGCGUACGUGAUUACCUCGACCUUGAAGGUGCCCAAGGACAUCAAGAUCACUGGUGAGGUCUGGCCCAUGAUCAUGGCCCAUGGCUCCAAGUUCCAGGAUGAGACGAACCCCAUUCCUGCUGUGCAAGUUGGCCAAAAGGGCGAGUCUGGAUCCGUCGAACUGAGCGAUCUGAUCAUUACCACCAAGGGUGCCGCACCAGGUGCCAUCCUCUUGGAGUGGAACGUGGCUGCUUCUUCCCAGGGCUCAGCGGGCAUGUGGGAUGUUCACGUUCGUGUUGGUGGUGCCGCUGGCACUGGUCUCCAGAGUGAUACUUGCCCCAAGACUCCUGCCGUGCAGACGACGCCCAAGACUGAGUGUAUCGCCGCAUUCCUACUCUUGCACAUCACCGAGAAGGCCAGCGCAUACAUUGAGAACUCUUGGAUGUGGACUGCUGAUCACGAGCUAGACCUGGACGACCACAACCAGAUCAACGUCUACACUGGCCGUGGCGUCCUCAUCGAGUCGCAAGGCCCCGUCUGGCUGUGGGGUACAGCCUCCGAGCAUCAUCAGCUGUACAACUACCAAGUAUCGAACGCGGCGAACGUCUUCAUGGGCUUGAUCCAAACCGAGACUCCCUACUACCAGUCCAACCCUACUGCUCUGGUCCCCUUCACGCCUCAGGACUCCUGGAAUGACCCCGACUUCUCGACGUGCACCACUGCCUCUUGCAAGAAGGCCUGGGGUCUGCGUGUUACGAAUACCUCCGAUCUGUUCAUCUACGGUGCUGGUCUGUACAGCUUCUUCGAGAACUAUGCGCAAACCUGCCUGAACUCCGAGGACUGCCAGGAGAAUAUGGUCGAGGUUGACUGUUCGGAUGUUCAUAUUUACGGUCUAAGCACCAAGGCUGCCGUCAACAUGGUCACCUCAGCUGCUGGAGACAGCUUGGUACCCGAGAAGCCCAAUAAGAGCAACUUCUGCUCGACCAUCGCACUUUUCGAGCAGUCUCUUUAGACCUUGUUUGUCUUUUAUCUCCUUAUUCUCAUCGUCAUGAUUGGUCCGUCUUUUGUUCUGUUUAAUGAUUUCUCGCCACUUUGCAUCUGGGCCUUGUCUCACCCCUUCUAUCUCAUCUGGACCUUCUUCCGUUGAAGGGCUCGGAUUGUCACUUUACUUCUGUUUCCUAGACUUUUUGUACCGCCGAUGACCGUUGUGUUGUGGAUGGCAUGGAAUGGGACGAAUUGAUGGUGGGUUGGAAAAACAUCACACAAUAGUUGGUAGGGGAUGAUUCUCUUUGGGAGGUUUGCAUCUUGGGAUUCUAUUUGAUACCACGUCGAAAUGUUUUGGUCAUUAGGGCCGCGAUUAUUUAUCUUUUUCUUGUUUUUAUGAGAGUCAGUAAUAGACAUAUCAAUCAUAGAGUCAUACCAUCUUCAC